UCAAGAAAAAAAAAAAAAAAAGGAGUAGAACAAAAAAAUGGGAUGCUACUGUACUAAUUCCACAACUCUAAACCCCACUUUCCUUUUGCAGCUGCUCAAUAAUCCAAGACUCCAAUUAUUGAACAAAUCCCAAUCUUCAAGAAAACUCAACACAGAAUCAGAUAAAUGUGUGAAUUUUUUUUCUACCAGCGGCGGCGGCGGCGGCGGCGGGUUUCCCACAAUAACCCGGCAAUGCACAAGAUUCAGCACACCCACCCUAGUUUCAGACACAGAGAGUGAGUACGAAGAAGAAGAAGAAGAGUACGAUUCCAGCUCAGAAUACGAAGAAGGGGAGGCGCCAAGAACGGCGAUAAACGGGCAUCCGGCGCCGCCGCUGCGCCGCCGUCUGCGGCGGUACAGGAAGCAGUACCCGGGGGAGAUGAAGGGCGUGGCCGAGGAGAUGAGGUUUGUGGCGAUGAAACUGGGGAAAUACAGGAAAAACAAGAGGAAAGAUACUAAUAGGGAAGAUUGUGGUGAAAAUGGUGAUAAAAAUAGUGAGAAAAAUGAUGAUGGUGAGAAAUGGCAGCCUACAAUGGAGGGUUUUUUGAAGUAUUUGGUGGAUAGUCGCCUCGUUUUCAGUACUGUUGAACGCAUUGUUGAUCAGUCUGCUGACGUGUCAUAUGGUUAUUUUAGGAAGAGUGGGUUAGAAAGAUCGGAUCGUAUUUCGAUGGAUUUAGAAUGGUUUAGGGAGCAGGGUAAUGUGAUUCCGGAGGCUAGUAAUCCCGGAUUGGAAUAUGCCAAAUAUUUGGAACAACUUGCAGACGAAAGUCCUCCAUUGUUUCUCUCUCAUCUCUACAAUAUAUAUUUCUCUCACAUUGCUGCUGGUCAAGUUAUUGCCAAACAGGUAUCGAAGAAGAUUUUCGAGGGAAAGAAUCUGGAGUUCCACAGAUGGGACGGAGAUGCAGAAGAUCUGCUGAAAGGCGUACGCAACAAACUCAACGCACUCGGAGAGCACUGGUCGAGAGACGAGAAAAGCAGAUGCUUAAGAGAAACAACGAAGGCGUUCCGCUCUCUAGGGAAGAUAGUACGGUUGAUCAUAUUGUAAGAGAAACAACCAACUAAACCAUGAGUUGCUUCGAAUCAAUGUCGACUACACAUUUUACUGAUCGUUGGGUUAUAUUAUCGAUCAUCGCCUUUUA